GCCCCUGCCCCGGCCUUCUGGAGGGCGACGAGGAAGCGGCCACCUCCCUGCGCCCCGCCCCUCGGCUUGCUGCAGGCUCUUGCGGCUCCCGCUUCUCCCGGCUCCCUCCAGCUCCAGCUCCGGCUCGGUGUUGGCGGCAGGCAGUGGUAGUGGUGCAGAAUGGCUGACCUCAGUCUUGCAGAUGCGUUAACAGAGCCACCUCCAGAAAUCGAGGAGGAGAUCAAGCGGGACUUCAUGGCCACCCUGGAGGCAGAGGCCUAUGACGAUGUUGUGGGGGAAACUGUUGGAAAAACAGAUUAUAUUCCUCUCAUGGAUGGUGAGGAGAAGACUGGGAACUCAGAGUCAAGGAGGAAACUAUGCACAGAUACCAACGAGGUUGAAGGUACUCCGACCUCUAAACCAACAAUGCUGGCUAAUGGUGACCAUGAAAUACAAGGGAAUGAUACUACAGGGUCUCCCACGGAGUUCCUGGAUGAGACAAUGGCCUACCAAGAAUAUCAGAACAGCCAGAACUGGCCAGAAGAUGCAGACUUUUGUUUCCAAGCCGGGCAAGUGGCAAACCCUAUGCAGACUGAUCCCUUUAAGGUGCCCCAUGGUGACAGUCAGGCGGAUCUGCUCUUUCUCUCAAGUGGAACAACAAACACUCCAAAGUUUAUGGGACAAAAUGAUCCCCAGGAGGACCAUUACGGUAUGCCUUCCUGUGACACAUUUGCUCCAGCCACUAUUGCACCUCAGGGCUGGUCUGUGGCGGCCCCAAACUCUGCACAGUUAGAAUGCUUUGUUUCCCCAGAGGACAUUCAGGAUCUUUCACAGCCAGGCACAGAGCUGGCUGAGAUGGAAACGACAUCAGGAGAAGAGCAGCCGCUGACAGAAGCAUUAGACAUGAUGACAAGACAGAAGACAACUGACGGGGUACCAUCUAGAGAAACAGAGGCCGUCCUGGCCAAAAUCAUGUCACCAGCCACAGAAUCCAAAGUGACAUCAGCUAAAGUUACAGAACAACCCCCCAAAUCAGAUGUAACACUCGUUAAGGACACACAGCCAUCAACUGAAUCAGAUAUGUCUCUGGACAAGGUCAUGGCACUACCCAUAGAAACAGAGGCUGCUGCAAUGAAGGAUGCCAUAUUGCACACAGGAAUAGAUGUGUCUAAGGAUGUGGUGCUACCUGCAGAACCAGAAGUGGCCCCAGGCGCAGAUAUAGCAGAGAGUACACCACUUGUACCAAAGGAUUUGGCCGCACAGCAGACUGUGGUUCCACCCACAGACACAAAGAUCACUCUGGCCAAGGGUGUGAUGUCACUCUCUGAAAUAGAGGCAGAUCUGGAUAAGGACAGUGUAUCCUUUGUGGAAGUAUCUCCAGCCAAGGAGAUGACUUUGUCCUCAGAAACAGAGGUGGCCCUGGCAAGGGAUGUGGCCUUGCCCCCAGAACCCCUGGUAGUCUUGGUAGAGGAUGUAGCUCUGCCCUUGGAGAGAGAGCGCACCCCAGUGAAGGAUUUGGCUGCACCCCUAGAAACAGAGAUGAUCCUGGGGAAGGAUAUGGCUCCUCUCCAAGAAAUGGAAAUGGCCCUGAGCAAAGAUAGGGCCACCCCCCAAGAAACAGAGCUGGCCUUGGGCAAGGAUGUGACUCUCCCGACAGAUACAGAGGUGACACAGGUCAAGGCUAUGACUCCACUGCUAGAAAAGGAGAUGGCCUCAAUGAAGGAUGCAUCUCUGACUCCACAAACAGAGAUGGCCCUGGGUAAGGAUGCAGUGCUCCCCCCUGGCACAGAUGUCACCCUGGUCAACAGUGUGACUCCAGCUAAGGAUGUUGCACAACCCUUAGAAACAGAAGUGGCACCAGUUCGGAAAGACAUGGAGAUAACACAGAGCCGGGAAGGGCUGAGUGAGGAUCCCCAGCUCGAGUCACUUCGGAGGGAGGAACGGUCACCUGUACCUCCUGGCCUGAUGGCAACAGAACCAGUGAAAGGCACAGGCCAAAAUUACAGCUCAGCAAAAGAUGAAGAAUCUGGGUUAGAGAAAUCAGAACAACAGAAACCACUCAACAGUCAGCUUUUUGAACCUUCUUCACAGACUUCAGGUGCCCCUCUCACACAAGGCAGACAAGUUUGCAGACCCAGUGACCGCAGGGCAGCCCGGCCCAGGCCUGCCAGGGUCCUUGCUGAGCUGCCGGGAGGCUCUCCUCCUUGGAAGACUCUUGAGCCCAGGCCAGGCCCUGGCCCUUGGGCUGAGUCGGAUUGGGUCUCUGGCUCAUCUUUCUGUGGUGAGCCUGGGAGUCAAAAGAAGAGCAUUCGUACUGACUGCCUUGAACCCCAGAGGGAUCUUGGCAGGGAGGCUUGGGAUAUAGAACGCACCCCAAUGAUGUUGAAGAAAAAGAAGAAGAAACCAAAGCAAAAGAGAUAUGCUCAACCCCAGGUGGGUGGUCAGUGGGAGGACAGCAGUGCAGAAGAGCCUAAGAGUCAUUCCUCUGCCACUGGUUCCCAUGAGGUUGGUGUCCUCCCCAGCCAGUCUGCUGUGCUGGACCCAGAGUAUGGAUUUGUUGCCAGAGAAAACAUGAGAAGGGAGCAUACGCCUGGCUCCAGAGCAGCGAGACCAGGAGGCAUAAAUUUCACCUCAGAGAGUCUGAGAGCUCCUUGUCCAGAAGACCCUGCAGCAACUGCAGUUGGUACUGAGUCCAAACUAAGAAUAAAGGAAGAGCGAAAAGAUAGCAGUUCAGUGCCACAGAGCCAAGAAAAACUGCCACAGCAUGGUGAAUGCAAGUCCAAACCUGCAGUGCUCCUGAAGACUCCUGUGGAGAAAAGCCAGACAGGGAGUCCUCAUGGUGUGAAAGGACCCUUGACCAAAGUGCCUGCACACACAUUGGCAGCUCCUUCGGAGAUCAAACCUGAAGAGAGUGUGACUUGCUCACCUGUCUUGGACCAGAACAUUAUGGGUACAGUUUUAAAACCUUCAUCAAUGAAAGAACUCCCUAAUUUGACUGCCACUUUGACACAUAAGCCAAUAGAAAAUAGUCUAAAAGAAGGGAAGGAUGAAAGUAAAGUGACUAAAUUGCAGGAUGUCAAGCAGAAGGAAUUUUCAGAAGAAGCCAGAGAGGUUAAAGAAUCAAAAAAGGAAGUGCUUUCCAAGCCAAAGGAAGAAAUCAGUAUCUUUGCUUUUGAACAACCAUGGGGGCAAGUGUUAGGUCAGGCUCCUGAGCAAGGGAAUGAGCCAGUGAAGAGAAUGACAGGUGAUGGCAGAAGCAAGAAAGGGCGGGGAAGUUCUGGAAGAGUGAGGGUGGGUGCUGGGAAGGGGAGAGCAAAAUUGGAGUUUCCUUUGCUAGAUGGUGAGGAUGGAAGGGCUGUUCUGGGGCCAAGUGAAACUGUCCCUAAGACUGAAAGACUGACUGCAGAAGAUAGGAGAGCGGGGCUGGGGCUGAGCACUUCAAAGCUACCAGGGACCUUGACUGGUCUGCCUGAGGCAGGGCUGAUGGAGGAGCCCAAGGAGCUGAGCAGCCUGCGGGGAGGAAGUGCCAUUCAGGGCCUGAGUCACUUGGAAAAUGGGUCAGCCUUGCCUCAGCCUUCUGAUGCUAAUAGGAUAGAGAGCAGAGCCUCAGUCAAAAAUACGGGUGUCAGUAAUCAGAGCAAUCAAGGCAAGUGGUCUUGGGUGGAUCAUGAGUCCACUCCCUGGAUUUCUGAAAAACCCAGAAAGAGAGAUAAUGAAGGCAAAACCAAAAAGUUUAAAAAUAAUUACCCCAUCCAGAUUGCUAGAGGGGAGAACAAGGAGGAAAUCCUCAACUCACCUUUUGUGGAGAAAGGUGGAGACAAUACUAGUAAUAUUUCCCUGCAAAACAACGAGUUGCACCUCAUUUUCCCCAAAGCACCAGACCCCAUGCUCUCACAUACAUCAGAUGUACUCGUGGAAGUAGUUGACAGAAAGGGUAAGAAUGUUGAACUUAAUUCUGUUGAACCUGUGACUCUUGAGGAGAGCAAAACACACACAAUCAAGGAACCAGCUGCCAGGGUGACAGACGUGAGCGCUCCAGACCAGAGUCAAGUGGCAGAAAGUUUUCCCUCUGUACUGUCUGAGGAGAUCAAGACUAAUGUAGACAAGGGACUCACUGCAGUGGCUGACAAGUCAAAUAGCAGGAAUAAUGUUGGAAAAAAUAAAAAAGUUAAAAAUAGUUUUCCUGAGAAGCACAUUCUGGAGAAUAAGAUAGAUGCAGCAAAAAUGCAUGUUGCCAUGGAAACCUCAGGGAACCACAGAAUUGAAGGGAUGGGCUAUGUGGACGAAAAUAGAAAUAUUACAUUUACCUGUCCCAGCACACUGUCAGGGCUGAUAAGUAAGUCAGCUACUCCAGAGACUGUGGAAUCAGCACCCUGUGAAAAGCUGCCCCCUCUCGCUCCUCCAGUGGUAAAAGGAAAGGAUUCCUUACCAGACACCUUGGCAAAAACUGGGCAAGAAAUAGCCCCGGUUCCGAUUUCCAAAUUAUUAAUACAAGAUUGCGGCAAGAAAGAUGGAGUCCUAGAACAAGAAAGACCCACAGACACCUCUGCUGUUCCGUCUACUACAAACAGAGCAGGAGUUGCCCCAACUUCCGCAGCAGCCCUAGACACAGUUAACGGUAAUGCAGAUCCCUGCUGUAAAAACAAAGGUGAGCUUGAUGAUCCUGUGCAAAAAGAACCAGAGACAGAUGAAGGGCGUGUGGCGGGAGAAUCGGAGUCAGGGCACCAUGAUGCCUCUAAGUGCUCAGGACAGCAAACUGCAGAGCCAGCACAAUGUCACCUCACUGGAGUACCUGCAGACCAGAACCUGCCAGGAGAGGCCCAAGGUCUCAGAGCAAAGGCAGACUGGGGUGGCUUCCCAGCACAUCCAGCGAACCCAGAGCAGGCAGCUGUGAGAGGCUCUGUACCAGCCCAGAUUCCUGACUUACUGGGAGACAAAGCACAAAAACUCAACUUCUGUGCGGACCAAAAUUUAAAAGACAGAGAUUCUAGGGGUUCAGAGAAUUUGGAGAAGGAAAUACAUUUAACUCUUUUGCCUCCAAAAGGUGAAAAAGAUAAAACAAAAGAGAUUAGUCUGGUUUGUAAAGUUACAGAAUUGGAGUGUGGAUCCCUGCCAACACCAGAAGUCCAUUCCAGUUUCUUAUGUGGCAAAGUUGCAGUUCCUCCUGCAGGGACAGAUGCCAAGUUAGUAAUGACUGCUUCUAAGGGUCUUCAGCUUCCAGAACUCAGUGAUAACAUUGUAGAAGCACCUCAGAAAAUGGCAGAAAGAUCUGAACCAAAGACCCUGGCUGAAGGGAGGAAGGAAGAUAAAAGCAGAAUGGCCGAACCAAUGAAAGGCUACAUGAGGCCUACCAAGUCCCGAGGACUUACUCCACCUUUGCCAAAGUCUGCGGUCCAGGAACGAGAGAGACCCCGGCAAACUAAGUCCAGUGGAAUAGCCAGGCCAGAAGAGGGAAAGGUGGCUGUGAGUGUGACCGGAAAUGACAUCUCUACCCCCCCAAACAAGGAACUCCCACCAAGCCCAGAAAAAAAAACCAAGCCUUUGGCCAACACUCAACCUGCAAAGACUUCAACAUCGAAAGCCAAAACACAGCUCACUCCUGUCCCUAAGCAGCCAGCUCCUACCACCUCUGGUGGGUCGAAUAAAAAACCCAUGAGUCUUGCAUCAGGCUUAGUACCAGCUGCCCCACCCAAACGCACUGCUGCUGCCACUGCCAGGACUUCCGUCUUACCUUCGAGAGACGCAAAGCCAAAGCAUAUUACGGAGGUGAAGGUUCCUGAGAAGCAGGUCUUACCAUCCAAGCCCACCUCAGCUGUGGCCCUCAGACCUGGAUCCAAGAGCACCUUAGCUGCUCCAAAGGCCACACCAGCUGCUGCUUCUGCUUCUGCUUCCACAGUACCAAGCAGCAGAAACCCCCAAGUGUCGGUGCCCAAGAGGCCUGCCGCUAUUAAGGCUGAGGGCAGAGCCACCGACGCUAAGAAGACGGCAGGGAAGUCUGCCUCAGCUGACCUGAGUCGCUCCAGGAGCACUCCCACCAGCUCUGGAAAGAAAACCACCACUCCCACAGGGGCUGCCCCCUCGGCUGCAGGGGCUUCCACCCGAGUCAAGCCCACCCCACUUUCCCGGCCCUCUGUGCCUCCUGUGGACAAGAAGCCCAGCUCCUCAGCCCCUAAGCUGAGCCGCCCAGCCACUACAGCCCCUGCCCCCGAUCUGAAGAACAUCCGCUCCAAAGUGGGCUCCACAGAGAACAUCAAGCACCAGCCUGGAGGAGGCCGGGCCAAAGUAGAGAAAAAAACAGAGGCGGCUCCCACAGCUCGAAAGCCUGAACCUAAUGCAGUCUCUAAAACAGCUGGUCCCAUUGCGAGUGUGCAGAAAUCGCCUGCUGGGAAAGUCCAGAUAGUCUCCAAAAAAGCGAGCUACAGCCAUAUUCAGUCCAAGUGUGGUUCCAAGGACAAUAUUAAGCAUGUCCCUGGAGGUGGGAAUGUCCAGAUCCAGAACCAGAAGGUAGACAUCUCCAAGGUCUCCUCUAAGUGCGGGUCGAAGGCGAACAUCAAGCACAAGCCUGGUGGAGGAGAUGUCAAGAUUGAAAGCCAGAAGCUGAACUUCAAAGAGAAGGCCCAGGCCAAGGUGGGAUCGCUGGAUAACGUGGGCCACCUGCCUGCAGGAGGCACCGUGAAGACUGAGGGCGGUGGCAGCGAGGCCCUUCCGUGUCCAGGGCCCCCCGCUGGGGAGGAGCCGGCCGCCCCCGAGUCUGCGCCCGAUGCUGGCGCCCCUGCUCCAGCUGGGGGCCUCAGUGGCCUCACCACCCUGUCAGGGGGUGGUGACCAAAGGGAGGCCCCGACCUUGGACAGCCAGAUCCAGGAGACAAGCAUCUAAUGAUGACAUUCUGGUCUCGUCUUCCGUCUCCCCUGUGUCCCUCUUUGUGUCUCCCCGCCCUCUCCCUCUCUUCCUCCCGUGUCCCUGCAGAUUGAGACCUACAGGCUGACGUUCCGGGCAAAUGCCAGGGCCCGCACCGACCAUGGGGCGGACAUUGUCUCCCGGCCCCCUCACUUCCCCGGCUCUCGCGCCCUUGGCUCCCUCUCCCGGGCUGCCCACUAGACCUGUGAGUGCCCGUUUGGGUCGGGCAGCCCUGCUAGGCCCCUCCUGGCUCCAGGCAGUGGCAGGCCCGGCCCCUUCCUGCUUUGCUCCUAUCCCAUUGCUAGCCACUGCCCCGCUGCAGGGUAGGCAGAAGAGUUGGGGAACCUUGUGGAUCCAGGAGGGAGGAACUGGAUUCCUACUCCGUUGUUUGGUUUUUUGGACCAAACCUAAAAGAAACUGACAUACUCUCCCUCCUUCCCAGCCAACGUGGAGGGAUGAGCAGGGUGGGUUCCGGGUGGUGGCCCUGCGCACCAGAGCCUGCCAAGUUUCCACCUUACCUUGUGACCCACAAUGGUACCCACCAUGCAGGCAGCACCAGCCCCCCACUCCCCACAUUAGUUAGGGGCCGCUGCACUGCACACUGCUGCUUAGCAUACCUGUCUAGCUGUCAUCACACCCUUUCAUGUGUCCCCAGUACCUCGUAGCCAGUGGAAUAGUUGUACAGGUUGAAGCCAUGUCUAAGAGGGUCUCAGUAGGUGCAAAGGGAGUGGGGAGGGAGAAGCCAGGCCUCCACCAGGAGGGCGAGGAUGUCGGUGCUGCCCUGCGUGGGGUGCACACAGCCGGGAUGCCAUGGGCGGGAGCGAGGUGCGGGGUGGCUGUGUUGGGGUUCAUGUGUGCUGCUUUUCUUCUCUAACCAAGAGGCUGGGUUUGGCAUGUGUCUCAUUCCCUGGGAUUUGGUGGUCACUGCAAGGCAAGGCCAGUGCUGGAGAAGCAGGAGUGGGCUAUGGGGUCAGAAUCCCACAGCCUGACCUGCCACCCUGGGCCUUGUCCAGGGGACUGUGAGGUGUCAAGUGUUAUGUGGACAGUGGGGAAUCAGGUCUGGAAAUUGGAAAAAGGCAUGAGACUGGGGCCACGCACUCCCUUCUGGCUGAGUGAAGGGGCCAGCUGCAUUGAGAUCCCGGGGACCGAAUGGACACAAAGAUUCUUAUUGCACUUGUAUUUUUUGUAUUAAAAGUUUGCAUGGUUUCUAAUAAAGGAUUAAAACAGAAGUUUGUAGUGAAGUGGCCUGGGCGCUUCCAAGGGCUUCUCCAGAGGGCAUCUUCUGCUGCGCAGACUUGCCUGGGAGGUGGCCGCAGCGGUGGCAGCUGGCCUGGACGUCUCUGGCCAUCCUCUCUACGUUGAGGGGAAGGUGCCCUGCGCCAGACGCUACUUCUUUGGGAAGGCGCCUUUUGGACAGUGAGCUGGGCUGCUCCCUCCUCUGCUGUGCCAGUGACUUCAGAGCACUGGAGCCAUUGGCAGGAAGUGGGGAGAAGCAAGCAGCAGUGCUGAGGUGGGGAGGCACCGGGCUGCAGUUACUGCUCCCUCCCUGAGGCCACUCCUGGGGCUACUAGCAUGCUGAACUCUGGCAGGCUUCUUGGCCAGGGGUUGGGAGAGGACAGUAGCCAAUGUGGGCAGCUUCCUUGGCAGGGCCACAAGUCUACCUGAGGCUAUCUGGCCAUUGUUGAGGGUCCCAAAAGCCAGAGGACCUGCGAAGGUUGACCCACCAGGUAGGGACUAUUGGCCCCUGCGUGAUGGGGACUUUGCAGCCACUUCGGGCUGGAACAUUUCUCUACUUCCCAGCCAUUACCCAUGUCUGUGAUUCUGUUGUACUGAUUUCGAGUAAAUAAAGCUGCCUGAUAUUCCACACACA